AUGAGUUAGUCUCCCAUAGUCUUUACAAACAAGCCCUCUAAACCCCAUCCUCUAGAUGACAGCGUUUGGAGACAGAGGACAAAUUUGCCCAAACUACAUAUAAGAGACCUUUAACCUGAAAUCAAAAGCGAGCCACAUUACUUCAAAAAUAAUCAGCUUGAGGAUAGUUAAAUUAUCAAUAAUUAUACUGUCCGAUCUGGCGUAUAACAAGAGGAACCUGACUAUAUUGAAGUGGACUGGAAUGCAUUCCAACUCAUCUCUUUGGAUUGAUUCCAGCAUUUUAUUGAGUAAAUAAAGAAAUAUAUAUAUAUUUUAAAAGGAUUAUAUCUA